AUGUCGUACGGCUCCCCUGUUCUUGUGUUUCUGGAUCGGAUCAUACGCAUCGAUGUCGGUAACAUACACCCUGAGACAACUGCAUUUGAGCUCGAUGAAAGCCCCCAAAAGCUUCAUAUUUUACAGCACCACACGUCACCGCUGAUGCCAACACAACGCAAUCGAUCGUCUGUAGAACUAGACGCGAAAACAAAUUUAUCUGAUGUUUUCUCAAGACACGAGUUUCAUUAUCUAAAUGUGCCUAACGUUGGGACAAUUACAGUUGACGAUAUCUUUGAUUGCACCUUUGAAUGCCUCCAAACUCCUACCUGCGUUUCUGUGAACCUGGCCGUCUCCAAAGGAGCCGAUGGAAAGCUUUGGUGUGAGAUUCUGUCCUCCGGUAAAUACCUUAACCCCACGGAGUUUAAAGAAAACGUGACGUCGCAUCACUUUUCCAAGAUGAUUACAACUACCACGUUCCUGGCAGGUGCCUCUCAUAGAAUUAAGGAAUUGGCCAUUGACCGCCGCGAUGAGUUAGUGAAGCUGGCCCCUCGAACGGUAGCUUUGACCCCUUGUUCUUCCAAUCCUUGUCAAAACGGAGGUAUCUGUGAGGUGAACUAUAAAGAUGACACAUUCAAAUGCGAUUGUGAGAAAAGUUUCAUCGGAAUAUAUUGCGAAACAGCUGCGAAGUCAUGCAAGGAGCUUUAUGACGCACACAAUUGCCGUUGUGAUUUUAUUUACCUCCCUGAUAUAAUAUUCAGCAGGCUCUUCGUCAACCAACUGGUUACACUACACCUUGGUCCAACUCCAACUACUGUUCUGUGUCACGUGGGAGAUUUUGGAUGUGGAGAUGGUGUAUGGACGACUGUCAUGAAGAUUGAUGGAAGUAAGAGCACUUUUCAUUACAACUCAGCAUACUGGAACGAUAGAAAUGAAUACAACCUUCCAGGAGGAGAGACUGGGUUCGACUCACAAGAGACUAAGUUACCGACCUACUGGAAUACAUCCUUCUCCAAGAUCUGUCUUGGUAUGAAGAUCGGCCAACAGACCAACUUCGUUAUCAUCAACAAGCAGGCCAACUCUCUGUACUCACUGAUCGCUGACGGGCAAUACCGCGGUACCUCACUGGGUCGUAACACCUGGAAGACGCUAAUUGGUUCCCAGGCCUCAUUGCAAUACAAGUGUAAUAAAGAAGGAUUCAAUUCCUUUUGCACCAGCCGUAAAGCCAGAAUAGGUAUCAUUAGCAACAACAGAAAUGCCUGCUCUUCGUGUGAUUCCAGAAUCGGGUUUGGUACUGGAGGACCUCCAGAUGACUCUAUUACUUGUGGAAAUGUGGCGAAGCGCAGCGGAGAUAAUGGGGAGAGAUUCAUUAAAACCAUGGGAUACAUCUUGGUCCAAUGAGAGAAAUAGAGAACGAUAACUCGGCUGAAAUAACGCGAAUAAUAGGUGAAGCGCUCAAUAACAAAAACAAAAAAACAAUAAUAAAAAAAAUCAUUUAUCAAUUAAUGUAAUUAUCGAACUUUAAUAUCACUAAUCAUUCAUCAUAGACUGAGAAAAUUAAAUUGGCAAC